UGUGCGUAGUUGACCACCAGGUGGUAGUAUUGGGUCAGAAUUUAAAACGAGGUCUGACGCGAUAUGCGUCAUCGUUUUGCUGUUUUGGCGCGCGGUGGCUGUAAAUUUGAAAAAAACUCCAGACGGAAACCGUUUACGGACGGUGGUAAGGGAGACGGCAGGCAAUUUUCUCUAAGAGAUUUUUAAGUACCUUAACGUGCUGCCACGGAAAGAGGUAACGUUGUUUUUACCUUGUUAGAAUUGUAAACAUGGUCAUUCUGACACAAUGUCCGCCUAAAACUUAAGUAAAGACUAGUGAGUUUUAGGCUAACGUUUAUGCUAAUUAUCUUGUUAGCUUCAGUAGCAUUAGUGGCUUGAACCACACACAACAACUUAGUUUUUUCUCAGCUUACAGGACUACUUUUAACUUGGUUUUAUUUUCUACUUUAUGUACCCAAAUGCAUUUAGUACUCUCAUCUACCAGUGCUAACAAUGAGUUAAAUACAUUCGGAAGUGACCGUAACGUUCGCGCUUACUGGUUUUUCUGAGUUAGUCAAAGUUUUGAUGAAUUUAGAGUUGUCUUUGUUACGCAGAGAUGUCGUGGGACUUUUUUGUGCCAGUGUGUGUGGGAGACCUGGUUAAAACGGGAGGUAUUAAUCAGUACGUUGUCCAAGAUGUGGUGCCAGCAAAACAACUGCCAUCCCAUCUCAAUAAAUUCAAGAUGGGACUACGAAGCCAAGGCCCUUCAUGUAUACUGGAACACUUUGACACAGGCUACAGUGUGCUGCAGCAUUUUAAUUCGUUGGAGCUUGGGGUAAAAGAGGAUACCUUGGAAUUACUUGUUAAAGUGGUCAGUGAUCUGGCUAUUUCCCUGCCAACAGCUCUGACCUCCACCACCUUCUCAGCUGCGGAGCGCAAAGAAAAACUAAAUGCCGUUAAAAUGAGUGUCUUCCUGCUGUGUAAACUCACGGAGAGCCUUGAAAGUGUCUCCUACAGACAAAGUAUCGUCACAGCACCUGGAAAGGGUAGUAAAAAAGGUAAAGGUGGUGAAGGACUGCUGCAGUGGGAUUCUGAGAGAGAGCGGGUUCUGCAUGCUCUUGUCCAGCUCCUUCAGCUGGACAUCCGUUCUCUCUGGAGCCUCUCCCUGGUGGAAGAGGAGUUCAUCAGCUGUGUGACUUGUUGCUGCUACAAGUUAUUGGAGAAUCCAACCAUCAGUCAUGUCAAGAACAAACCAACAAGAGAUUGCAUAAUUCACCUUCUUGGCUUACUGAUCACCAAAUACAACCACCUUUUAGGUGCCAGUGUAAAGGUCAUCCAGAUGCUGCAACACUUUGAGCAGUUGUCCUCAGUAUUUGCACAAGCUGUGUCUGUGUGGAGCACAGAGUACGGAGUCAGGGCAAUUAUUGGAGAAGUGAUAAGGGAAAUUGGUCAGAAGUCAAGUGAAGAGCUUGCCAGGGAAGGUUCUGGUGUCAAAGCUUUUGCCUCUUUUCUGUCAGAACUCAGUGGCCUGGUACCAGAAUUAAUUAUCCCCAACAUUAGUGUCCUCAUCACUCACCUGGAAGGAGAGAGCCACACAAUGCGUGUUGCUGUUUGCGAGGUGCUUGGAGAAAUUCUUGUGCGAGUCCUAUGUGGCGACGGGCUGGAUGAGUCUGGCAGAGCCGAUCGCGACCGCUUCUUUGACAUAUUGCAGGAACAUCUUCAUGACACACACUCCCAUGUCAGAGCACGUGUGCUCCAAGUUUACACACGAAUUGUCAACAGCAAGGCGCUGCCCCUGUGUAGGUACAGUGAGGUGAUGGGGCUCGCCGUUGGGCGCCUGAUGGACAAAUCGAUAAAUGCAGUGAAGAGCGCCAUCCAGCUGUUGGCAGCUUUCAUUGCGCACAAUCCCUAUAGCUGCAAGCUGAGCAGUGCAGAUCUGAAGAAACCUUUGGAAACAGAAACGGCAAAACUCAGAGAAAUGAAAGAGAAGCUGGAGGGAAAAGCACCUGUCGCAGUGAUCAAGGCGUCUGAGCUGUGGGCUGCCAUGGAGCCUGAGCUCCUUGUUACUGUCAGGACAACCCUGGAGCCCACAAGUAAAGAAGAGGAAGAGAACGAGGAAGGCGGGGAGGUGGAGGACGAAAAACCAGAAGAUGACGACAGAGCAACUGCAGUGAAGAUAGCUCAGUACCUCCGUGUCAACAAAUACAGGAAUGCUGUGAAGCUUUGCGUAAAAGCUCACAGUUGGUUCCCAGAAUCAGAGAUGUUUGCCUCUCUGUCCACAGUCACCCCUGAGAAUUUAAUGGACACGCUGGGCUUGAUUUUCAAAGGCUCUGAUGAAGAUGCUUCAGAUGCCAAUCAGAAUUUGCCACCAACACCACAAAAAGAGGGAGAGAAAGAGGGAGAUGAGGGGGACCUGAAGAAGCAGGAGAUGUUGGUGCAGUACCUGAGAAACAUGGAGACAUUUUCCUUACAAGUGGAACAAGCAAUAUCUGUCAUCAACAACAUGCUCUAUUUGAAAACAACUUCAGUCGUCCAAGAAGCAGUGCAGUUUUGUGUGACGGUGCACGAAUUCAGUGUUGCCAACUCUGUCAGUGGCGUGAGGAAGAUGUUGCCUCUGGUGUGGUCAACGGAUGCUGCCAUUAAAGAUGCUGUCGUUCAAGCCUACAGACGCCUGUACCUGAACCCGCAAGGAGACACAGUCAGGGUGAAAGCACAGACUCUCGUCGACAGUCUCUCUGAGCUCAUGGUGGAUGCAUCUCUGGGUACUAUCCAGUGUCUUGAGGAAAUUGUGCAGGAGUUCUUCGGCAGUGGCAGCAAUCUCCAAUCCACCGUAAUCCAGGUUUUAUGGGAGAGAUUUACGGGUAAACGAGAAGCUUCCGUCUUACACAAACGAGCUGCAGUGUUACUGCUGGGCAUGGCAGCACGGGCGGAGAGAGAAGUGGUGCUCAGUAACUUGGACACUCUUUGUUCUGUGGCUCUGGGAGAAAAAGUGACUGAAGACUUUCUUCUCGCAAGAGAUACAGUGAUCACCAUUUGCAGUAUCACUGAUCAUGUCAGGCAAUCAAAAGGAGCUCCAUUCAGACUCCCCCAGGACCACCAGCUGUUCACCUGCCUUACACAGGCUGUUGCUGACGGUGUGGUGAUGGAAGACCCUUACUGGCAGAGCUUUAUGGAACAGGCCGUCCGUCUCAUCUACUUCCUGGCCGAGUCCCCAGACCAGCUGUGCUCCCGGCUGCUCCAGAGAAGCGCUCGACUCUUACUUGAUCAGAUUGCUGAAGGCGGUGAAGUCAACAAGGAUGUUGGCCAAAUCCAUGAUGCAUCUCAAGACUCCAAUGACCAAGAAGAACAAGUGAACUGUUUGUGUCUGGCCCAGCUGCUGGCGCUCUGCGGAUGCGUUGCAUUUUGGCAGGUGUCUCAUCUUGAGCGCAGUGUGAGCGCUGAGCUGCGGAGGAGGAGAGGAGAGACAGAGGAGAGGGAGGAGAAGGAGAAAGGCCCAGGCAGUAAAGCUAAGCAGCAGCUGGCCAAUGAAAGUGCCAUGGAAGAGGAGCUCGGGUUGAUUGGUGCGUCUGCUGAAGACACCGAAGCAGAGCUCAUCAGAAAAAUCUGUGAAACAGAAUUACUGGCUGAGGACAACCUGCUGAGUGCGUUUCUUCCUCUGCUGGUGAAAGUCUGCAGUUCUCCAGGACGCUAUUCCCACCCUCAGCUCACCACUGCUGCCUGUUUGGCACUGUCUCAGUACAUGAUGAUAAGCCCAUCGGUGUGUGAAGACAACAUCCGCCUCAUCUUCACGGUGCUGGAGCGCUCCUCUCUCCCGGUCGUCAGGGCCAAUUCCAUCAUAGCGUUGGGAGACCUCACGGUGCGUUUUCCAAAUAUUUUGGAGCCCUGGACCCAGAAUCUGUAUGCAAGGUUGAGUGAUGAGGUCCCAUCUGUGAGGCAGACGGCUGUGACGGUUCUUACUCAGUUGGUCCUUAAGGAUGUGCUAAAGGUCAAAGGCCAAGUCAGUGAGGUCGCUGUGCUGCUAAUUGACCCAGAGCCGCACAUCACCAGCCUGGCUCUAAACUUUUUCAAUGAGCUGGCCACUAAGGACAACGCCAUCUACAACCUGCUGCCAGACAUCAUCAGUCGCCUUUCGGAUCCAGAGAGAGGAAUGAGCUGCGAGGACUUCAACACCAUCAUGAAACAGCUCUUCUCCUACAUCACUAAAGAGAGGCAAACUGAAUCUUUGGUGGAGAAACUGUGUCAGCGCUUCCGGACUGCAAAAACCGAGCGCCAGUGGUGUGACUUGGCCAUGUCCCUGUCCCUGCUCUCCAUGUGUGAGCGUGGCUUUAAGAGGUUGCAGGAAUGCUGGGAAUGUUACAGCGACAAGCUAACCGAAUCCGGCGUCUACCAGCCUCUGCUCACCAUCACAGCCAAGCUUCGUCGUGGAGCCAAACCUCAAUUUAAGGCCCAGAUAGAUGACUUUGAGAAGCGGCUGACAGCGGUUCACACCCGGGGCUUGGAGAACGUAGAAAGUCCUGAGAUGGAAGAGAACCAAGGGGAAGAAGGAACUUCAGAGACAACCAGCAGUCGCACACUGCUGCCCACCAGAGGCCGUCAGAAAAGGAGAGGUCAAACAAAGUCGUUGGUCUCCAGCCACGGCGAUGACAGUUUUGUAACUCCUCAAAAAUCACGCAAGUCUAAGAAACCAGUGAUCAGCUUCAGCAGCGACGAAGAGGAGGAUGAGGAUGAUGCUGUCAUGGCAGAGAGUGAGACCCCCAAAGUGACGACACCCAUCUCCCGCACGUCACGCCGAACUCGCCUCAGAAACUGAUUUCCUUCCCGUUUUGCUUUUUUAAUGCCUUCUUAAUAUUUUAUAAUCAAUGAUUUAAUUUUAGCUCCUUGUGCAUUUGUUUUAUCGACUUUACUGUAUCAUUAAGCUUUUGUAGUCUGAUAGUGCAUCUAAUGAGAGAUUAGAAAUCCUUCUUAAUAAACCUGGGUCUUGUUUUAA